AUGAGAGAGCAGAUAGACCUGCUGGCCACUGUCACCGUUUUGGGAGUCCUAGAGCAAGCCUAUCUGGUGCUGCAGGUGAUCUAUGCCCGGCGGAAGUACAAGAUCUCCCCUCCCGAGACAACAGGGCACCCCGAAUUUGAGCGGAUCUUCAGAGCUCAGGCAAAUUGCUCAGAGUACUUCCCAAUCUUCAUCUCGCUCCUCUGGGUUGCUGGAAUCUUCUUCCAUCAAGGUGUGGCUGCAGUGUGUGGGCUGCUGUACCUCUACACCCGCUUCAGGUACUUCCAGGGAUAUGCCGCAGCUGCACAGGAACGGUUAGUACCUGGCCAGCACCACAAACCAACCCAGGGAGGCUGGGGGCAGGAUGCAGUCCCUGGAGCAGGUUUCUUACCU